AUGCAAAGCGCUCUCUACACGGCGAUGGGCCGUUCGCUCAGCUUGGGACAACGGCGUUUUGCCGGCACUGGUUUGAUGGUGCAUCGGGAUACCAAGGAGAACAACUUGAACGUGAAAUUCAAAUUCACUCCGGAGAAUCUCAAACGAAUCGAGGCUAUAACGGGCAUUUAUCCUGACGGACACAAAAGUGCUGCUUUAAUUCCUGUAUUGGACCUUGCACAACGACAACAUGGAUGGCUUCCGAUCAGCGCGAUGCACGAGGUUUCUCGAAUUCUUGGUGUACCGCGAAUGCGUGCUUACGAAGUAGCAACGUUCUACACGAUGUUUAACAGGCAGCCAGUUGGAAAAUAUUUCCUUCAGGUGUGCGCGACCACACCCUGUAUGCUUCGUGGAGCUGAAACCAUCACCGAAACAAUCGAGAAAAAGUUGGGCAUUCAUGUUGGCGAGACGACUAGCGAUGGGCUGUUCACGUUGGCUGAAGUCGAGUGCUUGGGAGCUUGUGUGAAUGCACCAAUGGUUCAAAUUAACGAUGAUUAUUACGAGGACCUUACGCCCAAGGAUAUGGUGGAAAUCAUUGAUGAGUUUAAAGCUGGGAAACGCCCGAUUCCUGGGCCUCGAUCUGGAAGACUGGCUGCUGAGCCACAGGGUCGCCUUACCUCUCUCACCGAGCCACCACCAGCUCCAGGCUUCGGACUUCAGUCUGGCUUA